CUUCAGACUGUCAAAUUGUAGGCCAGCCAGUCUCACAUAACUACAUUACCCACAAUGCCCCGCUUCCCUGCCGCGUCACCAGCGCUCAGCGGAGCAUCCUGAGUCUCGAGCGACGAGCAGAACGCGCAAAUGAUGAUUUCUGGCGUUUUCUUUCGCGACAGGUGAUGGUUGCACGCCGAAGCGGAAUCGUUCGUUAUGGCCCGAGCCGUGGAAUAUUUCCUGACGGGUGUUCUUUAAGUGAGGAAUGUCAGCUGGUGUUUCUUCCAUCGGGAUUCACGCGCAAAUUGCAGGAAGAUGAAGAAGCAAUUCAACCGAAUGCGACAACUGGCCAACCAGACCGUGGGCAGGGCAGAGAAGACAGAAGUGCUGAGUGAAGAUCUGCAGCAGGUGGAGAAGCGUCUGGAGCUGGUUAAGCAGGUGUCUCACAGCACUCAUAAGAAGUUGACGGCAUGUCUGCAGGGUCAGCAGGGUGUGGACGUGGACAAGCGGUCCAUCCGCUCGCCUUCAAAGAAGCUUCCUCUGACGUCUCUGGCUCAGUGUCUGGUGGAAGGAGCUGUGAUUCUGGGUGACGAUUCUCUGCUGGGGAUGAUGCUGAAGAUCUGUGGAGAGACGCAGGACAGACUCGCUCAAGAACUUCUGCUGUUUGAGCUCCAGAUCGAGCAAGACGUCGUUGAGCCACUCUACACUCUCGCUGAGGUUGAAAUUCCCAACAUUCAGAAGCAAAGAAAACAUUUAGCCAAACUGGUACUGGACAUGGAUUCUGCUCGCACACGGUGGCACCAGUCGUCCAAAUCCUCAACUCUGACUAAUAAGGACACGCCUACCGGGGCCAAAGCCGACGCCCUCAGGGAGGAGAUGGAGGAGGCAGCCAAUCGCAUGGAGAUCUGUAGAGAUCAGCUCUCGGCGGACAUGUAUAGUUUCAUGGCCAAAGAAAUUGACUAUGCAAACUACUUCCAGACGCUGAUCGAGGUUCAGGCCGAGUACCACAAGAAGUCUUUGGAGCUGCUUCAGAACGUUCUGCCACAGAUUAAAGAGCAACAGGAGUCGUGGGUGGAGAAGCCGUGUUACGGGAAACCGUUAGAGGAGCAUCUGACUCUGAGCGGGAGAGAAAUCGCUUUCCCCAUCGAAGCGUGUGUGACCGUGCUGCUGGACUGCGGCCUACAGGAGGAGGGUUUGUUUCGAGUCGCUCCGUCUGCCUCGAAGCUGAAGAAGCUGAAGGCGUCUCUGGACUGCGGCGUGCUGGACUUUCAGGAGUAUUCUGCGGAUCCUCACGCCAUCGCAGGUGCUCUGAAAUCAUACCUGCGUGAGCUGCCCGAACCCCUGCUGACCUUUGACCUGUAUGACGAUUGGAUUCAGGCAUCGAAGAGAAAUGACAUCACUGAUGGGAUGCAUGUCUCACUGUCUCUCAGGAACAGCACAGAGAUGAUGACCACAGUCUCGCUGCAGAUCGUGGGGAUCAUUGAGCCCAUUAUCCAGCAUGCUGAUUGGUUCUUCCCCGAAGAGAUCGAGUUUAACGUGACAGGAAGCUACGGCAGCCCUGUUCAUAACAACCACAACGCCAGCUACAGCUCCAUGCCGUCGCCGGACUUGGACCAAUCAGAUCGCAGGCAGCCGGACCAAAGCCGACGCCCACUCAGCGUCGCCACCGAUAACAUGAUGCUGGAGUUCUACAAGAAAGACAGCAUUAGGAAAAUUCAGAGUAUGGGAGUGCGAGUGAUGGACACCUCCUGGGUUUCUCGGAGAGGCUCCUCCUCCUCGUCUCGUAAGAGCUCCUCAACUCCGCCCAGCAUUCAGCCGCCCUCUGAUUCGCUGAGCCCUGAGCAGACGGCCGAUGUCUCCGCCUCCCCCUCACAGACUCCGCCCCCCAUCAGCGCCGAUAGGACCAGCUUCGACGAGGCAUCAUCCAAUUGCUCGGACUCCUGUCUCGUCUGUCGCUCCCCGCCCCCUCCGUACCCUGUCUCCUCUUCCUCCUCCUCUUCCUCGCUCCCUCACCCUCGAGUGCGUCUCGAAAGCGUUCCUCCCUCGGCGUUCAGUCCUCCUCCGCUCCUCCUGUCCUCCACCUCUCUAGACAUCAUCUCCAAUUCUAAACCCAGCGUCCCUCUGUCCUCCGAGCUCCUCCCCACCGCUCCGCCGGGGGCCGCCUGCAGCCGAGAGAGAGGACUCAGAGCGCCUAGCACCCAGAAGAAUAAGGAGUCCUCGCCUGUGAUUGGUCAAAGAGGCAUUGGACAGAACCAGCUGUCAGACCUGAGUCCUCACACGCUGCACAAAGUUUCCAAGAAGCUGGCCCCCAUCCCUCCCAAGGGUCCGUACUCUCCGUCGAGCUGCAUGUCAGAUCUGUCUCCGGGUCCGUCUCCGGUCAGUCUGUCCCCGACGCCCCCCAGCACCCCGUCCUCAUACAGCUUCAGUUACCCGCAGAGCGGCUCCGUCCUCACCUCGCCCGGACACAACCACAGCCAGACGCUCGCCGGGACCCUGCCCAAAUCACGGCCCAAACCGCCCCGCCAGAGACCCAGCCUGCCCCCCCCGCAGCCCCCGCCGCUGGACGCUCUGUCCGCCGGGGAGAGCAUGUCUACAGACUCGUGCUGUGAUUUGGACGUUCCCGUAAUAAGUGUGGAAUUGAAUGGGAGAUACAGGAACUCUGUGGAUCUUCUGGAGUCGGAGGAGGAGUCGGAGAGCACCGCCCUUUGAUUACCCACAAUCCUUCACUCCCUCCCUUCACCGCACUAAUGAUGUUGUAUUGUCCGUGUGAUCCUCUGCACUGAUCCACAGACAGGAUCUGAAACGCUGGUCAUGUCGUCUUUGUGUUUUCAUGUAUUUGCAGUUUUUCUCAUGUGGUUUGUUUUCUAUUUGCCUUAUCUGAGUUCUUGCACUUUUGCCUUGAAGUUCGUGUGAUGUGUCCGGGUCGCUGCUGGGUGUAGAAAAUCACACAAACACACUGAAACCUCAUUGUGUUUGUUAGGGGCCGU